AUGUACAGCAAAGUCUCCUUGAUUGCUCUGGCCGUCGUAGUCCCUGCGACUGCAAGUCCUAUCGUUGGGGAGCUCGGCACUCGCAUCUCCUUCCAAAAGCGCAACGCGCUCUCUAACAGCGAUGGCAUGUUUGAUCAUGCCAAGGCCAUUCAACAGGUCGUUCGCGAUCACAACAAACACCGGGCUAACUUGCGGAACCUCGAGCAGAACGCCGGUCGCGACGCCUUCAACGAGGGCGCCGAGGUCAGGCCGCUCAUGGCUUACCCCGCUCACGCUCUCGAACGCCGUCAAUCUGAAGCUCUCACCGACGAGGCACAUGACGAGUACUGGGCCGGAAACAUCACCGUCGGCACCCCAGCCCAAAAUUUCUUUGUCGACUUUGACACUGGGUCCUCUGACCUCUGGUUCCCCUCAAUAAACUGCACGCAAAGUGCUUGCGCCAAUAAGCACAAGUACAACGCCCGUGUGUCCUCCACCUCGAAGCACACCAACAGCAACUUCACCUUGCACUAUGGAGACGGCUCGGCUGUCUCCGGCCCCGUCUGGACGGACACUGUCAACAUCGCGGGGCUCUCAGUACAUGAUCAGGCCUUCUCCGCGGUGACGAACCUCUCCGACUCUUUUGGGCCCCAGGCCAACGACGGCAUCCUGGGCCUCGCGUACCAGUCGCUCUCAGACAUUCGCAUGCCGCCGUUCGUUAACACCGCGAAGGCGCAGGGCGCGAUCAAACAGGCCGAGUUCGGGUUCAAGAUCGCUCAGUCUGGUUCUGAGCUGUAUAUUGGGGGGACGGACGCAUCGCAGUACAGUGGGGACAUCGAGUACCACAACGUCGUCGGCAGCACCGGUUACUGGCAAAUCGGAAGCGGAAAGCUCACGAUCGGGUCUACCACCAUAUCGUCCGACAUCAAGACCAUCAUUGACUCUGGGACCACCAUCGUCUACGGUCCCCCCGAUAUGGUCGCUAAGCUGUACCAGAACAUCCCUGGCGCGGCAGUAUACGACGAGAAUAGCGGCUUCUAUUCGUUUCCUUGCAACAAUGUCCCCUCGAACAUCGCGUUUAGCUGGGGCGGCAAGCAGUGGACCAUCUCCCCGCAGAACUUCAACCGUGGCCGGGUUGACAAGCAGCACUGCAUCGGAGCCAUCGCCGCACAGAAUCUCGGUCUGGGCAACAACGUCUGGUUGGUUGGCGACAGCUUCAUGAAGAACGUCUACUCUGCAUUUUCGUUCGAGAAGAACGCCGUCGGGUUCGCCACCCUGAAGUAAUAGAGCCCUCGUUGGUAGAUGGCUCCUGUCCUUGAUGGAUCAAGUCGAGCUCCGCAUCGUGCUGGCCACCGACUCGAGAUAUCGUCACGAUUGUGUUAUGUCUCCAGAUCGCUAGUACUCGUAGUAAUAUAAUAAUCGUGCUUC